AUGGCAACUAGAGGUCCUCCUAAGCCGGAGGGCUGGUUCGGCUUGACUCUGAACGAAGCCAGGCUCAUUGUCCUCGGCCAGAUGUGCUGUGAUUCCACUGGCAAAGUCGAUUACGAAAAGAUAGCUGUCAGAGGCGGUUACAAAAAUGCAGCGUCUGCUAUGACCGUCUACCGCAACGCGAAACGCCGACUGGCCGAACUCUCAACUGCUUGCCCCGAAGGUUCUGCUGAUGCUGCCAACACCUCUACCGCAGCAACCCCGCUCAAGACUCCUACGAAGCGUAAGAGAGGCAAGGCAGCGGAUGCCACGCCUGAUGAUAUGCCUGCCACCCCCAGUGGUACUGUCGAGGCCGAAGCAGCCGUGACCCCAAAGCCCAAGCGCGUCCGGAAGACCCCGGCGAAGAAGGCAGCCGCUCCCAAAGUCGUUAUUCCGAAGGUCGAGGAAGGUGAUAGCGACGGGGAAGCUAGUAUGCAACUCGAAUCCUCUCCUCUUGCGCAGGCCAGCGCUCAACACGACGAGGGCGGCGAUUUGUAUAAACGGAUCAAGGAAGAGCAGUCUACUCUGGCUGACAUCGAGGAGGAAACUAUGGCUGAUAUUCUGAAAGAGCAUAUCACUGCGUCUGACGAGGAGAGAGUCAUGGCCCCGAUUGAUGUCGCAGCCGAGAUGGAGGCAAUGGAAUCAGCUCGGUCCCGGUAA